AUGGAAGUGGACAAGAAAAUCCCUUCUGCGUACGAGACAACAGAAACACUCGGCAGUAGCGACACAUCUAUCGAGAAAGCUACCAUUCAUGAAAUUGAUCCCAUCGAAGAUUCACCCAUUGAAGAAGUCAGAUCUAGUAUUCCUCCUACAGAUGACCCCACAUUACCUACUGCAACACUGAGAGCUUGGUUCUGGGGUAUUAUAUUCUCUGCAGCCAUCUCAUUUUCCAACCAGUUUUUCUGGUUCCGUGCCAACCCACUGACCAUUAAGGUUAUUGUGGUACAAUUGCUUGCCUUCCCUGCUGGUAGAUUAUCUGAAAAGAUCCUCCCCAAUUACAGAGUGCCUCUCGGUCGCUUCAGCUUUAAUUUAAAUCCUGGUAAAUUCAAUGUCAAGGAACACGUCUUGAUCACUGUCAUGGCAAAUGCCGCUGCUACAUCAUUCGAUGCCAUUGAUAUCAUUGUGGUGCAAAAGCUGUACUAUAGUCAGGAUUGGGGCUUCGGUGGUGGUAUCCUCUUGGUGCUGACCACUAGUUUGUUGGGUUUUGGCUUUGCUGGUGUCUUGCGUCGUUUCCUCGUCCGACCCUCUGCCAUGGUGUGGCCUAUCAACCUCGUCAAUGCCACUCUUUUCCACACUUUGCACAAGGAAGUGCCCAAGGAAGUCCAAGAUGCCGAAGCCGUUACUCCUGGCUUGAGAAUGAGUCGCAACAAAUUUUUCGUUAUUGCAUUUGUUGCAUCUUUCUGUUGGUAUUUCUUCCCUGGUUACAUCAUCCCCGUUUUGACAUCCAUCUCUUGGAUCUGCUGGAUCAAGCCUGAUAACGUGCUUGUCUCUCAAAUUGGCAGUGGUAUCAAUGGCCUCGGUAUCGGUAGUUUCACUCUUGAUUGGAGUCAACUCGCUGCCUGGUAUCCUAGUCCUCUUGCUAUCCCUUGGGUUGUUCAAGCCAACAUGUUUGCUGGUUUCGUCUUUUUCAUCUGGUUCUUGGUUCCCAUCAUCUACUACACUGACACUUGGGAGAGUAAGAAGUUUCCCUUCUACAACACCAACCAAUAUGACAUCUGGGGCGAAAAAUUCAACCGUACCCGCGUCCUUACUCCUGAACAAUACCUCGAUGAUGAGGCUUAUGCCAACUACUCUCCUAUUCGUAUUACUGGAUUCUUCGCCAUCUGCUACGGUCAGGGUUUGGCUGCUUUGGGUGCUAUCAUCACUCACACCAUCUUGUACAAUGGUAAGGAUAUCUGGAACCGUCUCAAGAGUGCUCGCCAAGCCAAUGAUGACAUUCAUGCCAAGUUGAUGGAUCACUACAAAGAAGUACCUGACUGGUGGUAUUUCGCCCUCUUCGUGUGUGCCCUUGGUGCCAGUUUUGCCACCGUUGUUGUAUAUCCCUCUGAUAUGCCUUGGUGGGCUUUGAUCAUUGCUGUCGUUCUUGCCUUUGUCUGGCUCUUGCCCAUUGGUAUCAUCACUGCUAUCACAUCUCAAGCACCUACCAUCUCCAUGAUCACUGAGUGGGUUUAUGGUGCUAUUCGUCCUGGCCAUCCUAUUGGCAACAUGAUCUUCAAGACAUACGGUUACAUUACUGUUCGUCAAGCUCUUUUGUUUGCUCAAGAUCUGAAGCUUGGUCACUACAUGAAAAUCCCUCCUCGCGAGAUGUUCUCUUUUCAAAUCGUUGGCACUAUUAUCGCCUCUUUUAUCUCUCUUGGAACCACUAAUUACUUGAUGAACUCUAUUCCCGAUGUUUGUACUCGUGCUGCUUACCCUUGGACUUGUCCUAACGCUGGUCUCUUUGGUGCUUCAUCUGUCAUUUGGGGUCUCAUUGGUCCUGGUAAAUUCUUUGCCUCUUCCUCCCUUUAUGCAGGCCUUCCUUACUUCUUGCUUGCUGGCUUCCUUCUUCCCAUUCCUGUGUGGCUCUUGGCUAGAAAGUACCCUGAUACCUGGGUCGCAAAGAUUUCUGUGCCAGUCUUCAUGCUGGGUCCUACUCCCUAUCCUCCUGCCCCUACUAAUGUUGCUCCCUGUUGGACAUUUAUUGGCUUCAUCUUCAACUAUGUUAUCAAGAAGAGAGCCAAUGCCUGGUGGAAAAAGUACAAUUACGUUCUCUCUGCUGCUCUGGAUUCAGGUGUUGCUAUCUGUGCUAUCGUCAUCUUUUUCGCAUUCCAGAAUACUGAAAUCCAUUUCCCUCAAUGGUGGGGCAACAAUGCUGAAUCCGUAGAUCAAUGCCCUUUGGCCAUGGCCAACUGGACUGGUGUUGAUGUUUACGCUUAG